AUGGCUCUCGACAGCGUCUCCACCUUUCUCCCCAAGUGCUGGAAGGUUCUUACUUCUCUCGAUGUCUGCGGCAAGAUUGUUCCGAAGCAACACACUAAACAAAUCGACCUCAUGGUGAGGAAGCUCAUGACGCUCAACCCAGCUUAUUACGCUGAUACUGGCUGCACGGCUCUCAUCCGCCUUGAAUAUAUCAGCAGCGAAACAAACACUUGA